UGAAGAAAAUGGAGACGUUGAGCCUGAGUCCUCCAACGCUGGACAUGGCCCAGUGGAAGGAUUACACAUGCAGAGAACAGAUGAUAUACAAGAGGAUUUUGCCUACAGUGUCAGUGGCCCUGAUGGUGAGAAAAGGCAGAACUGAAUUAGCAGACGUUCCUGCUUGUGACAGCUUAAACCCAGGCCACCUACAGUUGGUUUCAAAGUUAAAGAAUCCUUCAGGUUCCUGUUCCGUAGAUGUGAGUGCCAUGUGGUGGGAAAUAGCUGGUGUCAAAGAGCCGUGUAUCAUAACUGCUUGUGAAUAUGCAGUUUCUCUUUGGAAACCUCUGGAUACUGGGCAGUGGGAAAAAAUGUAUUCCUGGCACUUUGCAGAGGUUCCAGUGUUACAGAUAGUUCCCAUGCCUGAUGUGUGUAACCUUGUGUGUGUGGCCUUGGGGAAUUUGGAAAUCAGAGAAAUCAGGGCAUUACUUUGUUCCUCUGAUGGUGGAUGUGAAAAGCAGGUGCUCCUGAGGACUGGAAAUAUACACGCUGUGCUUGGCCUGACAAAGAGGAGGCUAGUCAGCAGCAGCAGGACCCUCUGUGAUCAGCAAGUAGAGAUCAUGACAUUUGCAGAAGGAGGAAGUGAAGAAAAACAGUUUUUGAUGCCUCCCGAAGAGACGGUACUAACUUUUGCUGAGGUUCAAGGGACACAGGAAGCUCUGCUUGGUACCACUAUAAUGAACAACAUUGUUAUUUGGAAUUUAAAAACUGGUCAGCUCCUGAAAAAGAUGCACAUUGGUGACUCCUACCAAGCCUCCGUCUGUCACAAAGCCUAUUCUGAAAUGGGGCUCCUUUUUGUUGUUCUGAGUCAUCCUUGUGCCAAAGAGAGGGAGCCGUCGGGAAGCCCGGUGUUCCAGCUCAUUGCGAUCAACCCCAAGACGGCCCGGAGCGUGGGUGUGAUGCUCUACUGUCUUCCUCAAGGGCAGGCUGGGAGGUUCCUGGAAGGUGAUGUGAAGGAUCAUUUCGCAGCAGCGGUAUUGACUUCUGGAACAAUUGCCAUUUGGGACUUACUUCUCGGUCAUUGUACUGCUCUUCUUCCACCCAUCUCUGACCAGAACUGGUCUUUCGUUAAAUGGUCAGGUACAGAUUCUCAUUUGCUUGCUGGACAAAAAGACGGAAACAUAUUUGUAUAUUUAAUAAGUUAGGGUAAGGUAAAAACACGGUGUUCUGGAUAUAUUUGGCGUCCUAGUAUUCUUUGGAGUUGUAGCUAUAAGGAAAGUAUCAGAAUGGCAUUUAAAGUAAUUGUAUUCUUUUAGACAUUUAUUCUGAUGGUGAUGGCCCUACUGAUCUUUAAUGUUCAUUUAUACAUUGCGGGAAAGGACUUGAGGUUAAUUUUUGUAAUUCCUCCAUUUGUGCAUUUGCUUUUAAAAGUGUACAUAAAGCUUCAAAUGUUAAUAAAUAUUUAUUUUGCAUGCUCUCCCUCCCGGGAGCAUGCCCACA